AUGGCUGAAAAGAGGGUGUCCAGGUGGUAUUUCGGGGGCCUGGCCUCCUGUGGGGCUGCGUGCUGCACCCACCCUCUGGACCUUCUGAAGGUGCACCUGCAGACGCAGCAGGAAGUGAAGAUGCGGAUGACGGGCAUGGCGCUGCAUGUGAUCCGCCAGGAUGGCGUCCUGGCUCUGUACAACGGCCUCACCGCCUCGCUCUGCAGGCAGAUGACCUACUCCCUGACACGGUUUGCCAUCUACGAGACUGUGCGAGACUGGGUGUGCAGUGGGAGCCAGGGCCCUCUUCCCUUCUACCAGAAAGUGCUGCUGGGAGCCUUUGGAGGAUUCACUGGAGGCUUCAUCGGCACGCCUGCAGACAUGGUCAACGUCAGGAUGCAGAAUGAUGUUAAACUUCCUGCACACCUGAGGAGAAACUAUGCCCACGCCCUGGACGGGAUGUUCCGAGUCUGGCGGGAAGAGGGGCUGAGGAAGCUGUUCUCUGGAGCUACCAUGGCCUCCAGCAGGGGAGCUCUGGUCACAGUGGGGCAGUUGUCCUGCUAUGACCAGGCCAAGCAGCUGGUCCUGGGCACCGGCCUCCUCUCAGACAACAUCUUCACUCACUUCCUGGCCAGCUUUAUUGCGGGUGGCUGUGCUACGUUCCUCUGCCAGCCUCUGGACGUGAUGAAGACCAGACUGAUGAACUCCAAGGGGGAAUACAGGGGAGUGAUGCACUGCGUGAUGGAGACGGCGAAGCUGGGGCCCCUGGCUUUCUACAAGGGCUUCGUUCCAGCUGCGAUCCGAUUGGUCCCUCACACUGUGCUGACCUUCGUCUUCCUGGAGCAACUGCGUAAGAACUUCGGCAUCAUUGUCAUCGCCUGAGUGACCUCUCACCUCUGACUCUAGACUGCUGGACCCCCCCUCCCCCUCCACUGCCACUAUCUCCUCCUCACUGCCGCCGGGAUAUGAGCGCCACCACCAGGCAGUGUGAUUAUUGCCCUCGAGAGAUGGCUGUGUUACUAGACAGGGGAGCACAAACUCUGACAUGCGAGAUAGUUCCUCCAUGUGUUUCAUAAAUGACCCAGGAGUGAGCUGGAAGACUUUGUUUCAUAGACAAAAUCCCCAUCUUUCUGCAAGUGCUGUAGGCCUUGGUAGAUGUUUCUCUAUCAUUUAAAAAUGGAUGCAGCUGCAGACAUGAAUAGGGGGCUGUUGUGUCUGAAACAAGGCUCUAUAUUUCCUGUGCUGUGUGUGACUGGAGCCACAGGCAUGAUGGCAGGCAGGCGGUGAAUUAACUCCUGUAGGAGUCAAGGUGCCGGUAUUCGGCUCUGCACCUGCAGGGAGGCGCCAGUGGGAGGCGCAAGUCUGGAGCACACUGCCCUGUUCUUAUCCCUGUAGCCACAGUCACAGUCCUUUGUAAAACCGGCUCUUCUCUAGUGGUGACGAUGAGCUUUAAUUUGGCUCCUGCUUGGGCUUUCACUGGGACUGAGGCCAAGGUAGAUCAUUAGGUAGUUGGACGCAGCAUUUCUGUUGUUCUUUAAAACUGAAAGGUUUAGAGGAAACACUGGGUUAUAGUUAUAUUGUUUAGUGUAUUGUAUUGGAACUGUUUUGUAAACAUACCUAGAAAGCUCAGUCUUAAAAACAGAUUUGUUCUCAAUGCAAGUUUAGAGUUUUGCUCCUCCAUGCAUCUGAAUCUUUAGGAGACAGAGUAUAUAAUUUUUUUUCAGGUUUGAAAAUCAUUCUCAUCAUUAAUUGACAUGUCCAGCAGGGUGCAGUGUUCAGCUGCAUCUCAACGGUAGGUGAAAGUAUCUGUGUGUGACUUGCGCUGGGUAAAAGUGGAAGGCCAUUCACUCAGAAGUACGAGCUAAUGCAGGUGGUUUGUCGACAUGAGCUCCAGUGUUCCUUGAUGCUUAUUUAGGCUGCACUACUUCUAGAAAGAGGAGUGUGACACUAUGACGGAGCACUGUGUGACACUUGAGCACUUAUUGCAGUACAGUCCAGACUUAUUCAGCAGGAACCUGACCCAGCGUCUCGAGAGGAGAACAGUGCCUCUUCUCAGACUUGUUUCUACAGGGGCUCAUUUCAUGCUUUAAUUCUGGUGCUGUUGCAAUAUCCUAGUUUCCAUAAUACUGGGUUUGGCACUAGACCACUGGAUUGGUAAAUUUUGUGCUUUUAGAACACUUGUGUAACUGGAAAAACGAGGAGAGUUCUUCAAGCACAGAGUCUGUUCUGUGUGCAGUGUGGGCAGGGGUGACUCUGACCAACUGUGGACAUUCCAGGGACAGAAACCCAGGUUAUGAAUGACUGAAACUCACAGAAUAGAAUUAUAAGAUAUUUUAGAUAUUUUUGCACACAGACAAAUGCACACAGUGGACAUAUAGACCAGUGAGCUUGGGUUUAGAGAUACCAGGAAGUGGUCUAAACUCUGAGCAACUGCAAAAGUCUUAUCGAUGUGAAUUAUACGUCAAUUUAGAAAACAUCCAAGCAAAAUAGCCAAGAGCUUAUUUUAAGCUCCUCCAAACUGUAGGAGGACCACAGGCUCAGAUUGACCAGGAGUGAUUUCUUAAAUAUUGAUUGUGAGCCAGUAUAUCUAACUGAGGGAUCUUUUUCUGAAAAAUUAUGGGCACAGAGUUGUUCUGGAAGUGAGUCCAGAAACAGCUGUGAUUGUGGGACACAAGCAGAUGAGAAUAAUGCUGUCUUUUUCAUGUGCUGUCAUUGUUUUUGUUUUUUCUUUUGUAUUAUAGAAAAGAAACAAACCUUGAUUUUUGGAAAUGAAAUAAAACACU